AUGACGACCGAUUCACCCUCUUUUUCCCUCUCGCCGGCCCAAGCCGCGAGUUUAGUGGACAAGCUCAUCCAUAAGCUCCUGCACAAUGAAGAUCGCGAUGGCAAAUUUCUCCUUGCACUCGACGAUGGUCGUAUCAUCGACACCAAAGGCUGGGCGGGCUGGGAGUGGACACACGGUGUCGCUCUGUAUGCGCUCUUCGAACACCACCGCCUCACGAACUCCACAACGUCUCUCGACAUUAUCGCGCAAUGGUUCCGCGAUCGAUUCGCCGAGGGCGGCACCACCAAAAACAUCAAUACCAUGGCAGCCCUCUUGUCUCUCGCAUUUGUUUACGAACUCGACCCCUCUUCUCAGCCUGAAAACAGAACGCAUCUUAUCGAGUGGGCAGAGUGGGCGAUGAACGAGCUACCAAAGACAUCAGAGGGUGGAUUCCAACAUAUCACAUACGAUUCGGAAAACAAAGGUCAGCUUUGGGACGAUACGCUCAUGAUGACCGUCUUACCUUUGGCCAAGAUCGGCAAAGUGCUUGGGAUUGAACGGUACGUUCAGGAAGCAAAGUACCAGUUCUUGCUGCACGUCAAGUAUUUGUACGAUGCAAAGAGCGGAUUAUGGUUUCAUGGAUGGACGUUUGAGGGAAGACAUCAUUUUGCCGGUGCUCAUUGGGCAAGGGGAAAUUGUUGGAUCACGUUGGCCAUCCCACUGCUCUUCCACAUCUUGGGUGAUGAGGAUGUAGAUCUCAUCGAUCGUACUUCCUUCUUUGCACGACACUUGGUGGGGACAUUGGAGGCUCAAGUGGAUGCCCUGUUGCCUCUCCAGGAUGAAAAAACAGGGCUAUGGCAUACGCUGUUGAAGUACGACGAUUCGUACGUCGAGUCUUCGGCUACGGCUGGAUUCGCUGCCGGAGCCUAUCUGGCGCUGAGAUUUGGAUUGAUCAAAGACCAUAACAAGAAAAAGGCGUAUGAGGCGAUGGCGGAUAAAGCACUCAAAGGCGUAGUAAGCAUGAUAGCCGAGGAUGGACAAUUGCAACAGACUUCUUUUGGUACAGCUAUGGGUCAUGAUCUAGACUUCUACCGGAACAUCGCCAUCACGCCCAUGCCUUACGGUCAGGCUUUGGCGCUGUUAGCUAUUGUGGAAAAGAUGGCUCUCGCCGACGUAACUGCCCCCGACGAAGCUUGA